AUGGCGCGGCGGAAGACCAAUCUAGCAAAAGCGGCCAAUGGUGGAACCAUCCUCUCAUUCGAUGAGAAUGCACUAUCGACAUUGACUGCUCAGAUUGGGAAAGGAUUCGAUGCUGGGAAAUCGGAGCAAGCAGGAGAGACCAACCGAGGACAAAAAGGGAGCAGUGGGACCAAACACCGGACGCCUGUGACAGCACAAUCGAAGACAAAGCCCGGGGCAAUCGCCAGAGGCACGAAAAGGGAUAUUCGUGGCAAUGCAAAAGUAGCUGGGAGUGAGCCAUCCACGAAGCAUAAAAAUGGAAAUGGAAUCGGCAACCGAGCUGUCUUAUUGAAGGAGAUAUUGGCGCUUGGGGGAACCGAAGAAGACUUGGACCUUGUGGCAGAUGCUACGUCGGACGAAGAAGACAGCGAUUCGAAUGCAGCUCUUCCCGACAAGUCCUUUCGGAAAGAGCUUGCAAGCUUUGUUGCUGGGCUUGGUAUUGAGGGAGAGCUUCACGAAGUUGGUGGCGAUGAUAGCGACAAAGAAGAUAUGGGUGACGAUUGGGAGAACGCUUCAGAUGUGAACAGCUCGACUGGUUCUGAGGGUGGAGAAGAUGUUGAGUCAACGUCAACUGCUCUUCCCAAGCCUCCCUUAGAAGAUCCCAAGCGAUUAAUUUUUGAGGCACGACCUGACUGGCAUGCUACCCCUUUACCCCCUCUUCCGAAUCCGGAAGGUGUCGAGCCUGCCAGCUAUCGUGAUGCUAUUCUUAAUCUGAAAGAUUACGCCUUGUCUCUUCUUGAAGCCGACGGGAACCUUUAUACUUCCAAGCACCUCUCAUCGUCUUCGUCACAUCGAUUUCUCUCUACUAUCAUGUCGUCGGGUACUCUUUCUGACAGAGUUUCUGCGUUGACUUUGGUUGUCCAAGAGUCCCCGGUGCAUACCAUCAAAUCAUUCGAAAGCCUCCUGACACUGGCCAAGAAAAGAAGCCGUGGACAAGCCGUGUCUGCCUUGGGUGCAUUAAAGGAUUUGCUGGGAGUAGGAGUUGUUCUCCCAGCCGAUAGACGUCUCCGAGCCUUUGCAACGCAACCAGGUCUUCUUGGUACAUUACAGGAGAGCUCAACUGCAACCUGGAAGCUGGGACAGAAACUUCCGGGAGCAAUAUCAAAAGCGCAUCUGAUUUCAUGGGCCUUUGAGGAUUGGCUGAAGGAGUCUUAUUUUGAUAUGUUGAAAGUCCUUGAGGGCUGGUGCAACGACGAGGUUGAAUAUGCUCGUUCAAGGGCAGUAACUUAUGUGUACGAGUUGUUGAAGGAGAAGCCUGAGCAGGAGGCUAAUCUGCUUCGUUUACUGGUUAAUAAACUCGGAGAUCCCGACAAAAAAAUCGCUUCUCGGUCGUCAUAUCUCUUGCUCCAACUACAAACGUCCCACCCAUUAAUGAAAUCUAUCAUUAUUCGGUCAAUAGAGAGCGAACUUCUUCUACGGCCCGGCCAGAGCUCUCACGCAAGAUAUUACGCUAUUAACACUCUGAAUCAGACCAUUUUGAACGGCAAGGAGGAAGAAGUUGCACAAAAACUUCUAGGUAUCUACUUCAACCAAUUCGUGUCCCUCUUGAAGAAGCCCGAACCUCCAACAAUACCAGCAGGGCCUGUCAUCAACCAUAAGGGCCAAGUUCAAGGCGGAGGUGCUCCUAUGGGGAAGAAAGCAAAGGCCAAAGCUGCGAAAGAGAUGGAGGCAAAGGCGGCAAAUGAGGAUACGACGGAGAAGAUGAUAUCAGCAGUUUUGACUGGUGUCAACCGAGCAUUUCCCUUUUCCAAAACAGAUGACCUCACCCUCGAAAAGCAUAUGGAUACCCUAUUCAGAAUCACACAUUCCUCAAACUUCAACACUAGUAUUCAGGCAUUGAUGUUGAUAGAGCAAUUGGCUACAUCAAAACAUGUGGCUGUUGACAGAUUCUUCCGAACACUGUACGAGUCGCUGCUGGACCCUCGUCUUAUCACGUCUUCUAAACAUGCGCUAUAUCUCAAUCUCCUGUAUCGAGCACUGAGAUCCGACCUUAACAUCAAGCGUGUCAAAACGUUCGCCAAACGAAUACUCCAAGUCAUAACUUUACAUCAGCCUCCGUUCAUCUGUGGUAUCCUGUAUUUGUUGAGAGAACUUGAGACUACUUCCCCUGGACUCAAGUCUCUCUUGAGUGACCCCGAAGAGAAUGGCGACGCUGACGAGGAAGUUUUCCGUGAUGUCUUGGAGAAUGGGGCCGAUUUGACGCCUCGAGAGCAGCAUGAUGUAAACAGCCGCAAAGUUGCUUACGACGGUCGAAAACGAGACCCAGAGCAUAGUAACGCGGACAAGAGUUGUUUAUGGGAGUUAAUCCCUUUCCUCCACCACUUCCACCCGUCUGUCUCCCUCUUCGCUACACGCCUUUUGAGCAAUGAAAAAAUGCCGCCCAAACCCGACUUGGCUUCACACACUCUUUCAAAUUUCCUGGACCGGUUUGUGUACAGAAACGCGAAGGCAGCCGCCGGAGGCCCUCGUGGAAGUUCAAUUAUGCAGCCAUUGGCUGGUGGCGAUAGUCGUGGGGUUCUUUUGUCGAGCAAGACUGCUAAUCACGCUCAAGGCUCUGUCAACACGGAAGCAUUCUGGCACAAGAAGGUGGAAGACGUCGCAGUCGAUGAGGUGUUUUUCCACAAGUACUUUAGUCAGAUUGGGAAAGCUAAGCAAGCCCUGGGGAAAAAGAAGGGUGGGCAAACAGCUACUGCGGGCUCGGAGGAUGAAAAUGAAGAGAACGAAGAUGAGAUUUGGAAGGCCCUGGUUGACUCAAGGCCGGAGGUAGAAGGAAAUUCUGAUGAUGAAUCCGAACUGGAGAUGAUGGAUCUGGAUGAGUCCGAGGCGGAAUCUUCUGCCGGUGGGUUUGAAAUGGGUAGUGAUGACGAAAAUGCCCGGAAUUUCGAACAUUCCGAAAUGGGAGGAUCGGACGGAUUUGAGGUCGGAGGUCUCUUCGAUGACGAGGACGAUUCGGGGUCGGAAAUCGAGCAGCUGUUUGCACUUGAGACUGGACAGGCAGAGGAACCACAGCAAGGCGAAGAUACGAGCAAGCAAAGGCGGAAGAAGCUGAAAAGUCUCCCAACAUUCGCUUCCGUGGAAGACUACGCUGGGAUGCUGGAUAAUGACGAGGAUGAGGAUCUGUAA